AUGCCAGCCGAAGAACAGCACUACUCUUUACAUGGACAACUUCCAGGCUCAGUGAUGAGCUACGUCUUUCAGCUGGCCGGGGACGCCCUCACAGCGAACCCAGCUGUUCCGCUGCACCGCUAUGUGCUCGCAGCACAGCGACUCAUGCGUGAAGCUGACCGCCAAGGUGCGAUGGGCAACCUCCUCAUACGGUCAGUCUUACUGGUGCGUUUCGUUCAGCUCGUUACCAAGACGAUGCCGCAGCACCCGGCCUGGUCACAGGAACCAAACCGAGCACUCCGCGAAGCGCUUCGACAGGACGCCAGAGAGGUGCUCAACGACCUCGAGCAACUUCGUGCGACGCUGACGGCACAGUGGAAUGAAAGCGCCACCGCACCGUCACACACAGAGGUGAUGUGUGCGGUUUCAGACACACACGCUACCGCAGACAAGCUCGCCGAGGAUGAGCAGGCAUGCACUGCGGCAUCGUCGUCGUCGUCGUUGUUGCCACCAGCACCAGCACCAGCACCAGCACCAGCACCAGCACCAGCACCAGCACCAGCACCACCAUCUACUACUACUACUCCUCCUCCUCCUGUAGCAGUGAAUGGAUACCAGCAGUCGGGAAUCGAUGGAAGCAUCGGUGCCGCGGCGGGUGCGGCAGCCCGUGCAGCAGCGCUUCUUGCAUCUGGUCAAUGUGAACAGGGCAAUGACGAACAAACAGUGUCAACAGCGGUACUGCCGGGGGUUCCUGCAAACCACAGAGCGCACGUGAGCGCACAGGCACCGGGGAUUGCUCAACAAGGCGACCCGAGCUGGUUCGAAACACCCCGGGGACGUGCCUACACGGAGCAGCAGUUGCGAAGCCUCAUGUCACGCACCCACUUCAUUCGCGACAUGUUUUGUGAGACCUGGCACGUUGACCCAGAAGAACGAAAGCAGCGGAUGAUCUUUUACCUCCUACAACAUGCGGAUAUUCCACCGCAUGGCGCAGCGCUGGAAGUCGCGGGUACGAUCCUGAACGAGUAUCUCUUGGUCACAGAUUCGCCACGAUUGCCUGGACCAGCAAACCCUGGCCCUGGUGGCACAACAGGCUGUCGAAGCGCACUGGAGCAGACGACCUCACAGAUUGGUGUCGACGACAAGUACCGUGGAUCGCUCGCCACAGGAGCACCGCUGCCCCACGGCCUGCUCAACAGACAUCCCCGAGCACGUGGCGGUGCAGCGCCAGCCCUGCAGCGCGAUCAUCAUGAGCUGCCACAGGCGGACGUCAACGCCGUAGUCGAGCGCCCUCGGCACUCUCUGAACCGAAUGCAAGUCUUCGCGGAUGGCGACACGAAUCAGCACAGCGCUGCAACGGAAACGGCAAGUUUCAGCACGGCCUUCAGCAUGCAGUGGUCGAUCGAUUUCAAUGACGUGAUUGUUGGACCGAAGAUCGGCUCUGGGGGUUACGGUGAGGUCUUCGUGGGCAGGUACCGAGACCAGCUGGUAGCUAUUAAGCAUCUCCAGCCGGUGGAUGGGGUCGACUCCGCGCAGCUGCUGCGCUCCUUCCAGGACGAAAUGAUGCUGAUGAGCAAACUUUCGCAUCCUAAUAUUGUCCGUUUUAUCGGAGCCUGUAUCACGCCUCCGAAUCUUUGCAUCCUGAGCGAAUACGUACAUGGAGGCACGCUGUAUCGCUUACUCCAGAAACGUCGCCAGAGACGACUUGAUCCGAAUACGGGUGAACCCACCGGCGAGACCGUGGUGACGAGUCAUCUGCCCUGGUGUGGGAUUCUACGCAUUGCCCUGGGAAUAGCGCGUGGGAUGCGGUACCUGCACGCGCAGAGGCCUAUAGUCGUGCACCGGGACCUCAAGUCUCCGAAUUGCUUGGUGUUCUCGGCGACCAGUACAAUACAGGAUGAAGGUGCCGGGGACACGAACGCGGUGCAACGUUCGGCGCUAUCGUCGCCGCAGGCCACCGUGCAGGUGUAUGGCGGUCCGAUUCGUUCGGAUGAGGAUUUUGCGGAAAUUGAUGUGAAGCUCAUUGACUUUGGACUCAGCAGGACGCAGCUCAGGUCGUAUAUUUCGACCGGAAUCGCGGGAACUCCCGAAUGGAUGGCUCCCGAGGUCAUUCGCCAGGACCGGGUCAGUGAGAGCGCUGAUAUAUUCUCCUUCGGUGUUAUACUGUGGGAGCUGGUGACUGGACGCAAGCCCUGGGAGCAUCUGACGCAGACCCAGGUAGUCUAUCGAGUCGGUUACCUGGAAGAGGUGCUUCCGAUGCCGCCGGAGACGCACCCGAGCCUGCAAGCGCUCUAUGCAGCGGCUUCACAAAUGAACCCCGCUAGUCGACCAAAGUUCACAGACAUCGUUUCGAAACUGGAGCAGCUUUGUAGAGAGAGUGGUGUCUGCACGGAAACCGGUGAGCAACUGAUGCGUCGUCGCCAGUUUCAGGAAAUGACGUGA